CCUCAUCUCACAAGUACAAUAUACACAGACACACAGUCGUCACAAGUCACAACAAGUAGAAGCAGUUGCUGGGUGCACAUCACAGCACAGGCGGAGAGCGACAAUUCGACAUGGGCUCCAUCGGUGCCGACGACGCCGAUCGCCGGCCGCACGCCGUGUGCGUGCCGUUCCCAGCGCAGGGCCACGUCACGCCGAUGCUGAAGCUGGCCAAGAUCCUCCACGGCCGGGGCUUCCACAUCACCUUCGUCAACACGGAGUUCAACCACCGCCGCCUGCUCCGCUCCCGCGGCGCCGGCGCGCUCGACGGCCUCCCGGACUUCCGCUUCGCCGCCAUCCCGGAGGGUCUGCCCCCGUCCGACGUCGACGCCACCCAGGACGUGCCGUCGCUCUGCCGCGCCACCAUGGAGAACUGCCUCCCGCAUUUCACGAGCCUCCUCGCCGAGCUCAACUCCUCCCCGGACGUGCCGCCGGUCACUUGCGUCGUCGGCGACGACGUCAUGAGCUUCACCCUGGAAGCAGCCAGAGACAUCGCCGUGCCGUGCGCCCUCUUCUGGACGGCCAGCGUCUGCGGCUACAUGGGCUACCGCUAUUACCGCGACCUCAUGGAGAAGGGCAUCUUCCCGCUCAAAGACGCCGAGCAGCUGACGAACGGGUUCUUGGACACGCCGGCGGCGGACUGGGCGCCGGGGAUGAGCAAGCACUUCCGGCUCAAGGACUUCCCAAGCUUCAUGCGCUCGACGGACCCCGACGAGUUCAUGUUCCACUUCGCCCUGAAGGUGACGGAGCAGAUAGCCGGCGCGGACGCCGUUGUCCUCAACACCUUCGACGAGCUCGAGCAGGAGGCGCUGGACGCCAUGCGCGCCAUGAUCCCGCCGUCCGCGUCCAUCCACACCAUUGGCCCGCUCGCCUUCCUCGCCGAGGAGAUAGUGGCACCGGGAGGCCCGACCGACGCGCUAGGCCCAACGUCCAACCUCUGGAAGGACGACGUCUCCUGCUUCGACUGGCUCCACGGCAGGGCGCCCAGGUCGGUGGUGUACGUGAACUACGGCAGCAUCACGGUGAUGAGCAACGAGGAGCUGGUGGAAUUCGCGUGGGGCCUGGCCAACAGCGGCCACGACUUCCUGUGGAUCAUCCGGCCGGACCUCGUCAACGGCGACGCCGCCGUGCUGCCGCCGGAGUUCCUGGAGACCAUCAGGGGCCGCGGACACCUGGCGAGCUGGUGUCCGCAGGAGGCGGUGCUGAGGCACGAGGCGGUGGGCGUGUUCCUGACGCACUCCGGGUGGAACUCGACCAUGGAGAGCCUGUGCGCCGGGGUGCCCAUGCUGUGCUGGCCUUUCUUCGCGGAGCAGCAGACCAACUGCCGGUACAAGUGCGUGGAGUGGGGCGUGGCCAUGGAGAUCGGCCACGACGUCCGGCGUGAGGUGGUGGAGGAGAAGAUCAGAGAGGUGAUGGGUGGGGAGAAAGGAAAGCAGAUGCACCGCCGUGCGGUGGAGUGGCAGGAGACUGGUCUCCGCGCGACAAGGUCCGGAGGGCGCUCAUACGCCAACCUCGACAAGCUGGUCGCCGACGUGCUCCUCUCGGGUGGCGGCGACAAGAGUUCCUGAUAACCCUCAGCAAGGUUUCUUCCUUCCAUCAGUGGCCCUUCCCAGCACGCACCGCCACCGUCCAGUGCGUUUAAUUUCGUCGUUCCUACUGAACACAUCAAUGGUAGCUAUCCCUCUAUCGUCAUUUGUAUUUUGUCGCGUGUGAAUCUCGAAGCAUGCAAAUCCUUAAAUCAUAGAGCAUAUGUUGAGAGAUGCCAAUAGCUAGCGGAAGAAGUUACUUUUCGUACCAAGCAAAUAUUGGAACAUGAAAGCCUGGAGGCCAAGAGGGCAAAUGUUUGUA